AUGGCGAUCCUCUCGGCGCUCGCCACCGAGGUGUUCAUCCCCGUCGCCGCCGUCAUCGGCAUCGCCUUCGCCGUCGUGCAGUGGGUGAUCGUGUCGCGGGUGAAGCUCUCCCCGGCCGCGGCCGCCGCGUCCGGCGGCGGCGGCAAGAACGGCUACGGCGACUACCUCAUCGAGGAGGAGGAGGGGCUCAACGACCACAACGUCGUCGUCAAGUGCGCCGAGAUCCAGAACGCUAUCUCCGAAGGAGCAACAUCGUUUCUUUUCACUGAGUACCAAUAUGUUGGUAUCUUCAUGUCUAUCUUUGCUGUUGUGAUCUUCCUCUUCCUUGGUUCGGUUGAGGGAUUCAGCACGAAGAGCCAGCCCUGCACCUAUAGCAAGGACAAGUACUGCAAGCCUGCACUGUUCACUGCACUCUUUAGCACUGUGUCGUUCUUGCUUGGAGCCAUCACGUCUUUGGUAUCUGGUUUCCUUGGCAUGAAGAUUGCCACAUAUGCGAAUGCCAGAACUACCCUGGAAGCUAGGAAGGGUGUUGGCAAGGCUUUUAUCACUGCCUUCCGCUCUGGCGCUGUUAUGGGUUUCCUGCUUGCAUCAAGUGGGCUUGUGGUUCUGUACAUCACCAUUAAUGUAUUUAAGUUGUAUUACGGUGAUGACUGGGAGGGUCUUUUUGAGUCCAUCACUGGUUAUGGCCUUGGUGGGUCAUCCAUGGCUCUCUUCGGAAGAGUUGGUGGAGGCAUCUACACAAAGGCUGCUGAUGUUGGUGCCGAUCUUGUUGGAAAGGUCGAGAGGAACAUUCCUGAGGAUGAUCCUAGGAACCCAGCUGUGAUUGCUGAUAAUGUCGGUGACAAUGUUGGUGACAUUGCUGGAAUGGGAUCUGAUCUCUUUGGGUCAUAUGCUGAGUCUUCCUGUGCUGCCCUUGUUGUUGCGUCUAUUUCAUCUUUCGGAAUCGACCAUGAUUUCACUGGGAUGUGCUACCCACUCCUUGUUAGCUCUGUUGGUAUCAUCGUCUGCUUGAUCACCACCCUUUUUGCUACUGAUUUCUUUGAAGUCAAGUCUGUGAAGGAAAUUGAGCCUGCACUUAAGAAGCAGCUCAUCAUCUCCACCGUCCUGAUGACUGUUGGUAUUGCUGUAAUCAGCUGGUUGGCCCUUCCAGCUAAGUUCACCAUCUACAACUUCGGUACUCAGAAGGAGGUCUCCAACUGGGGCUUGUUCUUCUGUGUUGCAAUUGGUCUGUGGGCUGGUCUGAUUAUUGGUUUUGUCACAGAAUACUACACUAGCAAUGCGUACAGUCCUGUGCAAGAUGUCGCCGAUUCGUGCAGAACUGGUGCUGCCACUAAUGUCAUUUUUGGUCUCGCUCUUGGAUACAAGUCGGUUAUCAUCCCGAUUUUCGCUAUCGCUAUUAGCAUCUAUGUCAGUUUCUCCAUUGCUGCAAUUGACAAUGCUGGUGGUAUUGCUGAGAUGGCUGGAAUGAGCCACAGAAUCCGUGAGAGAACUGAUGCUCUUGAUGCUGCUGGCAACACAACUGCUGCUAUUGGAAAGGGAUUUGCCAUUGGUUCAGCUGCUCUUGUGUCCCUGGCGCUUUUUGGCGCCUUCGUCAGCAGAGCUGGAGUGACGGUUGUCGAUGUCCUCUCCCCGAAGGUUUUCAUUGGUUUGAUUGUUGGAGCCAUGCUUCCCUACUGGUUCUCUGCCAUGACCAUGAAGAGUGUUGGAAGUGCCGCCCUGAAGAUGGUGGAGGAGGUCCGCAGGCAGUUCAACACCAUUCCUGGGAUAAUGGAGGGAACUGCCAAGCCCGACUAUGCAACCUGUGUGAAGAUCUCCACUGAUGCUUCCAUCAAGGAGAUGAUUCCUCCGGGUGCUCUGGUCAUGCUCACUCCCCUCAUUGUUGGAACCCUCUUCGGUGUUGAGACUCUUUCUGGCGUUCUUGCUGGUGCCCUGGUUUCUGGAGUGCAGAUUGCCAUCUCUGCUUCCAACACCGGUGGUGCAUGGGACAAUGCCAAGAAGUACAUUGAGGCUGGUGCCAGCGAGCACGCGAGGACCCUUGGCCCCAAGGGAUCUGACUGCCACAAGGCUGCUGUGAUCGGUGACACCAUUGGUGACCCCUGA